AUGCAGGUGUUAAUCAUGUAUACUUUUCUCUAAAGCAUCCAAGUAAAAAGAGCGGAGUAUCAUAUAAUACAAAAAACCUUCCUUUAUGUAAUCAUAAAUCAUAUUUGGACAAAAUUUCAACUUGGAAAGCUGCAUCUGAUAAGAAAAAAAUUCAAAGAGAAACAG